GGUGUUGUCAUUGUACUAAAGUCGAGGCUAAAGUGUGGUUGUUGAUGUUUUUUGAUGAACAUUUUUGAGGGUCUGUAGAGUUAUAAAAAGGGACGGAAAUGAGCUACAAUCUCAAGGAUGAGAACGAAGUGAAAGAAUACAUUGAGAAUUUAGGGAUAGAAUACCGAUUUGGUUGCUUUUCUGAGAAGAAAUCAGAAGUGUGUCACUUGCUUGGAGACUACCUAGAGGGCAUAAAGAAGGACUUCGAGAAGGCUGGAAAGGUUUACCGAUCAAACUGUGAUGAUUACGGUUACGCGAGAUCCUGCCUAAAAUAUGGGCAUUACAGCUUUGUCGGAAAGGGAGAGACUGGCAGCCGGGGAGACUCUCUUCGCGCCUACAAAUACUACGAGAAGGGCUGUGACUUAAAUGACGCCGACAGCUGUCUUCACGCUGGACUCCUGCUCGUCUCCCAGUCGCUGCCCAAGGAAAUGAAGCGAGACAUCCCCAAGGCAUUUGACAACCUGAAGAAGAGCUGUGAAAUGAACAACGCCACAGCAUGCUUCUACCUCUCUGGAAUGCAUAUUUCUGGUGUUCAGACCCAAGCCGAAGCUGCAGCCAAGACGGGCAAGUUUAUUGUUGCUAAGGACAUGAAGAAGGCCUUCGAGUUCGCGUACAAAGCUUGCGAACUCAAAAAUAUGUAUGCGUGUGCAAACCUCAGUCAAAUGUACGCGAGGGGAGAUGGUAUCGAGAAGAAUGAGGAGCGAGCUGAGAAGUACAAGAAAAUGGCACUGGAAAUGCAAGAUGAACUGAAGCAACAAGCGUCACUGGAGUUCCAGCAAGGCGUCAACACAUCAUAGCUGCAUUUCUUGCUUCCGCUUGCCAGCUAGAAUUCCACUGAUUGAGAUACUUGAAGUACUACAGCUGGCAAAGUCAUGUAAAUAUAGUCAAAUUUAUUCGCUAAAGUCUCAUGAGUUUUUUUCUUUAAGUAACUUUUGCACAACAAUUCCCGCACACUUCCUCCUGUCGUUUUGGGGAAAAAUUACCGUUUUAGUUUUAACAUCUGACAUAAAUGAAAAUUGGCUUUACAGAUAGAAAAUUUAUAAUUGUAGAGCCUUGCCAAAAAAAGACACAUUGCAGAUGUUUUUGUUCUUUCAAUAACAAUGCAAACAGUAAUAAUAAUAAUAUUAUUAUACAUUACAUUAUAAUGUAAUUGUUAUUAUGAUUCUUUAAAAACCAUCUUAUGCAUUUGCGUGCACGAAUAAAUAAGAUAAAAUGUUAAUGUUCUGAUGU